AUGCAAGGCGAUCGCGCAAUGUCGGGGAAGUUCGUUCAGGUUACGGAGGAAGUGGAAGAAUUUCUCUAUGGCUCUGGUGAGAUUCUAUUGAACGGAACAAGCACGCGCAGACCCAAUUUCGGAAUGGCGACGAACUAUGACCUUUUUGAACCGGAGUAUACUCAGCCUAACGUUACUGUUCAGGACCUCACGGAAUUGGGAAUUGUUCACGACUGA